CACAUUUUUUGUUUUUUCUAUCAUUUAAAUCUUUGGUAAGUUCUCUAAUGCAUGCCUUAGGCUAUGAUAUUCAAUGCCAUGCAUUGGAAGUUGUGCUAGGUGACACUAGCUACACUUGAACGUUGUGACUUUACUUUGCAAUGAUGAGUUCAUAAGAUGUGAGUUGAACUAUCUAAUGGAUUAGAUUCAAUAUUUUAUUGUGGGUCGGGCAAGUGUGUUAUGGCAAGUCUAUAGAAAACAUCCCAAUUCUAAAUUCUAUCAAUCAUAAACAUAAGACUUUCUUAUUAGUGAUUAAUUAGACAAUCUCUUUAUUUUCAUUACACCAGGUCAUUGUUAUGAAUGGCAAAUGACCAGAACUUUGCCAUAUGGUGCAUUCAUUAAGUCAUAACCCGCCAUUCUUAGCAAGUUUCAUAUGGCGGCCUGCUCUAUUAUUUGUUACUUCUAGAAAGGUUAAUUCCUAAUUAGAAAAAAAACAGUCCAUAAAUCAAAUAUUAUUUGUUCCAAAGAAUUCACAUUGCAUGAGUACUUGCAGAAAAGACAGCUGCUCAUGACCAAAGCUGAGCAAGACAGAUUAUUGUCAGAGAAGCCAAAAGUGGUGCCUGAUGAAUUAGAACCCGAAGCUACCCCACCAAAUGCUUCUGAAAAAGAUGAAGAAAAAAGUUCCUCUCCCGAACCUGAUCAGAUUAAUCUCUCUGGUGAGAAUUUUAAAACAGAUGCUGAAGAGCCUGAAAAGGAAACUAUGUCAAUGGAUGCUCCGGAAGAAGUGGGAGGACUGAGGUGCUUCUUGGGAUCAACUCUUAGGGAGGCUUCUGAUCUAUCUGCUCCUGAACCAGGGAGGGAAUCUUCUAUCAUCGAGCUGAGUGAUGAUGAAAAUGGUGUUGCUCCAGACCCUUAUGAUGCAAUAUGGAACUAUAUGGAUCCCCAAGGAGUAGUUCAGGGGCCCUUUCCACUAGCCUCGUUGUCUCGCUGGUACAAGUCUUCGUACUUUGACCCCGAAUUCCGAAUCUGGAGUGUUUACGAACGCCAACAACAAUCCCUUCUACUUGUUGAUGUGCUUCGGGAACAUUCGCUGAUCUAGAAGUCUUAUAUUAUUGAGACUGGCAUUUAUAUUUGUUUAUAUUUUCUUUGUUCAAAGAGUUCAGGAGUAUGUAGACUACAAUAAACAUGUCCCUGUAAGCAGAAUAGGAAUUCAUUUUUUUUGUUCAUGUCAUAGACAACAUUGAACAUUAUGAAUUCAGGCACAAUGAGAUGUACUUU